AUCGACCGCUCCCCGCGGAAGGUGACUGCCGCGAUGGGCAAGAAGAAGAUCGCAAAGCGGUCCAAGAUCAAGUCCUUCGUGAAGGUUUACAACUACAACCACCUGAUGCCCACCCGGUAUUCUGUCGAUAUUCCGCUGGACAAAACAGUGGUCAAUAAGGACGUGUUCAGGGACCCCGCUCUAAAACGCAAAGCGAGACGUGAAGCCAAGGUGAAGUUUGAGGAAAGAUACAAGACUGGCAAGAAUAAGUGGUUCUUCCAGAAGCUGCGAUUCUAAAGGUGUAACAAGUUGCAUCAAUAAAUGUUUAUUAAAAACCG